AUGGUUUCAGUGACCAGAACCAAGUUUGGAGAGCUGCCCUCGGGAGGAAGGACAGUGGAGAAGUUCCAGCUUCGGUCAGACCAGCUGUGUGUGGACAUCAUCUCCUGGGGCUGCACGAUCACAAAUCUGCAGGUCAAAGACAGGCAGGGGAAAGCCUCAGAUGUGGGGCUUGGCUUUGCCGAGUUGGAAGGUUACCUCCAGAAGCAGCCCUACUUCGGAGCAGUGGUUGGGAGGGUAGCCAACCGAAUUGCCAAAGGAAGGUUCGCAGUUGAUGGGAAGGAAUACCACCUGCCCACUAACAGAGAGCCCAACAGUCUCCAUGGCAGAUUCACAGGGUCUGAUAAGGUCCUCUGGACCCCUCAGGUGUUGUCCAAUGGUGUCCAGUUCUCUCGAGUCAGUCCAGAUGGUGAAGAAGGCUACCCUGGAGAGUUGAAAGUAUGGGUGACUUAUAUCCUGGAUGGUGGAGAGCUUGUAGUCAACUACAGAGCACAGGCCAGCCAGACCACUCCAGUUAAUCUGACCAACCAUUCUUAUUUCAACCUAGCAGGCCAGGGCUCCCCAAAUAUAUAUGACCAUGAAGUCACCAUUGCAGCGGAUGCAUAUUUGCCUGUGGAUGAGAUUCUGAUUCCAACACAUGUUGGGGUCACCUUGCAUCCAAAAGGAGAAGUGACCCCCGUGCAGCUUGUUCAGCGGACAUUUAUACAGUCUCCAGGGAUAGCAUAG